AGUCAGAGAGGUGGACCGAGUGGCCAGAGAGACUGAACAGAGUGGCGAGCUGAACAAAUGUGUGAUUUGAAUGAGAUGAGUGGAGUUGAGUGCUGAAGGGUUGAGGUAGAUCAGAGUGACGUGAAGUUGAGUUGAUUUGAGGUGGACUUCAAAUGCGUAAGCCUUUUUGCCAGGGGAUGACGAGUUCGUGAAUUUGUACCUAUGUAUUGUGUGAAAUGAAAUGCAGUGAAGUGAAUCUGAAUGAUGAAGAGUUGAAUUCAGUUGAGUUGAGUCCCACCGGCGUCCCAGUUUCAUGGCGUGGAGCUGAUUUUACCGUACCUACUGAGGCCGCCCUCUCUGGUGUGAAUAGCCGGAUUUUAGCCGGUGGUCAUUUUAUCGUUAUGACGUCAUGGCGGAGGAAGAUCAGAAGGCUGCUCCCGGCUCGCAGUGUCGGACUUUGGGUGGUGCUGAUGGUCACCUCCACUCUAAUCGUGGUCUCACGGCGGCUGACGGACCCUCUCAGUGGGUCCACCGACUCAUCCCCGUGCAGGGAGGAUAUGGCUGUGAACGUGCUGCCGCCGAUGCCUGCCACGGACCAGGAGAUGGUGCGCGAGCUGUUCCACUACCUCAGCCACCCACAUCGGCGCACCUGUCGCAAAGUGACCAGGAUGGGCGGCGGAGUGGUCCGCGGCAUUCGUUGGCCUCUGGCGAUGGAUGGCCACAAGUACGUCUGUCUGGACGGCGAGCAGCUGGACAUGCCGCACACAGACCGCUGCCUCGUCUACUCGUUCGGCAUCAGCAACGACUGGAGCUUCGACGACUCCAUGGCCGACUUCGGCUGCACCGUGUUCUCGUUUGACCCGAGCAUUAACAUGUCCAGUGUAGCGCGUAACGAGCUGGUGCACUUUCGACCCGUGGGAAUCAAGGGCGCUGACGGUGACGAUGGGGAUAUUGGAGCCAGUGACGGUGCCGACGAUCGACGCGGCUGGGAGCUCCUGACGCUGGAUACGAUCGCCGAGCGGCUGGGUCACGCUCGACGUCCCAUCCACUACCUGAAGCUGGACGUGGAGGGUGCCGAGUGGUCGGUGUUCCGCCAGCAGGCGGCGCUCGGCGCCGGCAGCACCCUGGCGCGGGUGGAGCAGCUCGGUGUCGAACUGCACUUCCUCACACACCUGCCGCCCGAGCGACACACUAACUUCUACAGAGGACUCUACGAGAGUCUGCUGGCGCUGCAGUCGUUAGGGUUCUACCUGUUCUCGUUUGAGGAGAACCUUGGUCUGCUCGACUGGGUGAAGAUCCCGGGUCUGGGUCGGAACCUGACCACUGCCUUCGAGGUGGUUUGGCUAAGGAGCCCGUGCGCGCGGCAGGCGGCGCAUGGCUGAACGGAUGGAGGAAGUUUCCCGUUGUAAGUACCCCACGAGACCGGACCGUCAGUGGCAUUUGGCUCAGCGAGCCAGAGUAUAAGCUGAACCCAAAACGCUCACUGAGCUAGGCAAUACACUGCACCGGCCGCACUCUGAGCCAAGACGCGCUAAGCAGGAAAGGUCCACCUAUCUAGGGAAUGCGCUAAACCAGUCGAACACUGAUCUAGUGAUACAAUGAAUGGUGCUGGCGUAAAGACGUGCUCUCCUCGGUGAUGUGUGCUUUGUCCAUUCAGUAUUCGUGCAUAUUUUGUGAUACAAGUGAAUAACUAAGGACUUUCUAAAGCUAAUAAGAUAUUGAUUUAUAGGUACAGCGCAUUUAGCCGACAUUCUGCUUUACCAAACCAUUAAAUUACCCGUAUCCAUGACGUCAAUUGCGCAUUCGUAUGAGUUUCCUUACGAUGAGCUCUAAACCGUAACCAGUUAACACCGUCACUCGCGAACAUGAACAAGGACAUUUCGUCCUUUAAUCCGCCGGGACAGUCUACAAGCUAGGGACAUGUCCUAAAGAUUAAAAACUGCCCAGUUUUGGCCGGGAUUAAGGAACCGUGACGAGAACUGGCAAUGAUAAAUGAUGUGUCUGAUAAGUACGUCAGCGUAAUAAACGCGAUGAUCGAUAA